AUGGCCUUCUUAUUUAAAUCGAAAACCAAAUCACCUCAGGACCUCGUCAAGACAAUCAAGGACUCUCUCAACAAACUCGAAAAUAACCCAUCAGUCGAUCUAACUAAGAAAAUCAAUGAAGAUAUCACCAAGGCACUUCAACUGAUGAAAUCGAUCCUGAGUGGCUCCUCACUACCAACUAUACAAGACUCUUCAAUACCAACAACGGGCUCGAAUGGACCAGAAGAUAGCCAGCCGAUGUCCACCAACGGAGCCCUCGGCGCAAUCAAUAGUUCCUCCUCCUCCUCCGCCUCCAGCUCAUCACCCGAGGUCGUCGCUCAACUUGCACAAGAGAUUUACAACCAAGAUCUACUGAAAAUAUUCCUCCUCCAAAUGCGACGAUUCGAAUUCGAAUCCAGGAAGGACGUCGUCAACAUCUUCAAUUUGAUCCUCAGGAGACAGAUUGGUACCCGCUGGCCAACGGUCGAUUAUUUGGCAAACCGAGAGGAAAUCAUUUGGAUCGCUCUCAAAGGAUAUGAAAACUCAGAUGUGGCACUAAAUACGGGUAUGAUUUUGAAAGAAAUGUUGAGGCAUGAAAUCUUGGCUAAAACUUUACUAUACUCGGAUCGGUUCUAUGAUUUCCCUCAGUACAUUGAGCAGACCACGUUUGGGAUUGCCUGUGAUGCAAUGUCAAGCUUCAAAGAAUGCUUAACACGGCACAAAAGUAUGGUAGCUAGCUAUUUAGAAGACAACUACGAAAAGUUUUUCACGAUGUAUACCAAUCUGAUCCAAUCAUCAAAUUACGUGACCAAGAGACAGUCAAUUAAAUUAUUGGGAGAAAUCUUGUUGGACCGGUCGAAUUACAAUGUGAUGAAUCAAUACAUCUCCAAUGAAGACAAUCUCAAGAUUAUGAUGAAUCUAUUGAAAGAUAAAUCCAAAAAUAUCCAAUUCGAAGCCUUUCAUGUUUUUAAAGUCUUUGUUGCUAAUCCAAGAAAGCCUGCUCCAAUCGAAUCAAUCCUCAAGCGAAAUAAAGAGAAACUGAUCGAGUUUUUGAGGAAGUUUCACAAUGAUAAGGAUGAUGAGCAGUUUAACGAUGAAAAGAGUUUCUUGAUCCUUCAGAUUGAGAACCUCAGAUGA